CACAAAUUGGAAAAGAAGCACCAGAAUUUAAAGCACCAGCAUAUUGUCCAUGUGGUUCAAUCAAAGAGAUUGAUAUUAAUGAAUAUAGAGGAAAAUAUGUUGUAUUGUUGUUUUAUCCAUUGGAUUGGACAUUUGUUUGUCCAACAGAAAUGAUUGGAUAUAGUGAACUUGCAGGACAAUUGAAAGAAAUCAACUGUGAAGUUAUUGGAGUGAGUGUAGAUUCAGUUUAUUGUCAUCAAGCAUGGUGUGAAGCAGAUAAAAGUAAAGGAGGAGUAGGAAAGUUGACAUUCCCAUUAGUAUCAGAUAUUAAGAGAUGCAUUUCUAUCAAAUAUGGAAUGUUAAAUGUCGAAGCAGGAAUUGCAAGAAGAGGAUAUGUCAUCAUUGAUGAUAAAGGAAAAGUAAGAUACAUUCAAAUGAAUGAUGAUGGAAUUGGAAGAUCAACGGAAGAAACAAUCAGAAUAGUUAAAGCAAUUCAAUUCAGUGAUGAACAUGGAGCAGUUUGUCCACUCAAUUGGAAACCAGGAAAAGACACCAUUGAACCAACACCAGAUGGAAUUAAGAAAUAUUUAACAGCACAUUAA